AUGUCGAAGAAAAAAAAGAGCACCAAUAGGAAGAAUGGCAAAAGCAUAGUGUAUUCCCACCCGAAAAUUACGUCCACCAUUUUAUUAUGUUCGUGUUACUUCUUCUACCACAUAUUUGGCGUAGUGUACGUUAUCCUUGUUCUGAUUACCAUUAUCUUCUUAAACCUUGACCACACCAGCGAUGACAGUGGUAAGGGGGGAAACGCCAUAAGUGCAUACUCCAUAUUCAACAAGGGAAGAAAAUACAUAAUUGGUGAUUUAAGAAUGAACCAAAUUGAGACAGAAUUGCGGAACCGAAUGUUUAAGAAUGAUGACAGUGACGAUAAUUUUGUUCGGUACGAUGACAUUGAUAGAAACAGAUUUUAUGUCAAGGGGUCUUCCAAGUAUAAUAACAAAUUGUGCACAUGUGGGUCUAACAAGAAAUUUAAAAAAUGUUGUGGAGCAAUGAAAAAUGAUUUAUCAGAUUAG